GCCAACAGCAACAGCAAAAAAGAACACUCCAAAUUGUUUUCCACGCUAUAUUUAGUUUUAGUUUUUGUAGUUCCCUUUCUUAGCCAUGGAUGAUUUUGGUUGUUACGAUUAUAAGCAGCCGCUGAGCACCAAUGUGCCGGAUAUGCGCACCUCCACUUAUCGCGGACAUCGCCACAUCACAGAUCUGCGUAUGGGCAACAAGCUCAAUGCGAAGAUCUGCAGCAGCAACAAUUAUGUGCGGGAUCCGCUGUUGCAUGACAAACAGGCUACUGAAUAUGGAGCCAACUAUGAGUGGCAGUUUGGUGAUCCGAAUAUCCUACGCAAUCCCUCGCUCAACAUGAAGUCGCAGUACAUGAAGCCCUUCGAGCAGGGACACUUGCGUUUUAUUAAACGCAAAAUAAAACCCAUUAGCAGCGUGACGCAGGAUACUUUUGUGGAGAAAACAUUGCCAGUGGAUGUGGCACCCAUACGCAAUGCCAUGCCAACGCCUGUGGAGGCCACCAAGCUGAUUAUCGAUCGCUCCAAGAUUGGCUUUAGCAAGUACACAGAUCCCUCGGCAACCACCUACAAUCUCGCUUACGUUCGCUAUCCACCCAAUGAGCUGUUGGGUGGCAUUGCUGCACACGAUAAUGUGACAUUCUGGAACUGGUCGGAACAGUGUAAACCCUCGCAGAAGGUCGCACGCUAUCCGGAUGCCACAAUGUGCGAUGACUACCCGGCCAAGGACUGUCCCAAGCGACGCUGCGAGUUCCAGAACACAACCAAAUCGGUGCCACAUGCGGGCAUGAGCACAGAAGUGCGCGAAAACUACACCGAUCCGCAAUGCCGCUCCAUGGAGUUCAAUGUGGAGGUGAAGCCGCUGCUGGUGUACGAGGCCAUCACACCCUUUGCCAAGAAGAGCGAAAAUGCCAUCUACGGCUCGGGUGAGCCCGUGGUGAAGUAUGUUUAAGCUGCCGAGUCUUUAAAUUCAUGUUCAAGAUUAAAGUUUUCGCUUUAUUCGAA